GUCGACGUCGGUUUCGCUGUGCUGGAUGCCGGAGGCGCCGCCUUGGACUCGGCGCACGCUGCCCACGCCACCCCGCUUUGCCAUUGUGGGCUGGCUUACUGGCAGGAGUGGGCGCCCGCGCUAGACCUCGAUAGCGCCUUCGAGGGUUGCAGCGCCCCCUCCCCGCGGCGAUUCUUGGACGACGUCGGCGACCCUGUCGAUUUCAUCCUCAUGUCGCCUGCCUUGGUGGCGGCUGCGGUGUACAGAUCUGUCGACAGCUGGCGGGCGCGGCGUGUAAUCUCCGUGCUGCCGACCAUCGCCGAUGGCCCGCCUGACUUGCCGCCAGCCGAGGGCGCGAACUCCCUCGCGGUCCUCGUGGGGCGCCCCGUCGCGCGCCUGCUGAAGGGCCAGGGGCGGCCGCCGCGCACCGUUCCGAAGUGGUCCGGACAGUGCGGAUCGAUGCUGCUGUCCGCUGCCACUGGCGGCCAGUGGCCGCAGGUCCGCCUGGCCAGGCUGCGGAACGCCGACGGCGUCGAGGACAGGACUUGCCAGCUGUGCGGUGCGGCACUGGGCGCGCACUUGCACCGCCGUGUCUGCGAGUCGUCGCUGCCGCCCGACGGGUGGCCACGGCCGCCCGAUGCGCGCCAGGACCUGCGCGCCUCGAUCUCGGAGGCCCGGGCCGCGCUCCUACGCGCGCGCGGUUUCCGCGCGCUUCGGAUGCCGCACCCCCCGGCGCAGGAAGAGGUGGCCGCGCGCUGGUUCACCGACCCGCCGGACGUGACCCGCGACGACCUCGUCUGGAACGCUGAUGGGUCCAUGAAGUUCGGCCCGCUCUGGGAGAUCCGUCGCGCUGGAUGUGGUAUCGCGGUCGUCUCCGAUCGCGGUGUUCGCGCGGCGGCGGCGGCGGAAUUGUGGGCCGUGUCGCUCGUGCUCACCAUUGCCCUCGCGCCGCUCCGCGCCCGCGCCGAUUGCCAGUCCAUCCUCUCCGUUGCCGCGGCUGGCACGGCGCAGGCUGCCAAGCUUACGCUCGCGUGGAUUCCGGCGCACGGGGCCCAGGCCAGCAUCGGCUUUGCCGCGCGGUCCGACGGCGUAGUCGUCGCAACAGUGGACCGGCCAGCGAAUCGCUCGGUGGGUACCAUCGGCAAGGCUGCUGCGGGCUGCCCGCCGCAGUGUAGCAAGAGCGCGCGGCUCUUCCAGCAGGCGCUCGUGGCGCACGACGCGGCGGCCCUGGGAGCAGUCGCGCAUGCUGCCAACAAUCACGUCCGCGAACCGGUUGGGCCUGGCGGCGCCAUCCGGCGGGUCACUGCACGGGGCGCGGCCGCCGUGCGGCGACCGCGACUGCUGGCCCGUGCUGAUGCCCAGCCGCGCCGCGCACCGCCGGCGACGCAGCUGCCCGCGGCGGUGCUGUCCCCACCUGCCGCGCUGCCGCCCGCCGCGGCCGCGGCUGCCGGCCGCCCGCGCGCGCUGGGUUCGCGCCGCGCGGAGCUCGCUGCCGCGGCUCGCGCGGCUUCGGCUAUGCGGGCGGCCGCUGCCGACGCGGCCACGCUGGCCAUCUGCGCCGCGCGUGCGGCCGCAGCUCGGCCGUCCUCCGCACCGCCCGCGGGUGGGCGCCUGGCCGCGCUCCGG